AUGUGUGUGUCCCCUCCUCCAGGCCAGGAGUGUGGUAUCCACUCUCAACAGAAGUGCUAUCCUCUGGCCUUCGGCGUCCCUGCAGCCCUGAUGGUGGUGGCUCUCAUCGUGUUCAUCGUUGGCAGUGGCAUGUACAACAAGACUGCUCCUAAAGGCAACAUUAUGCUGGAGGUCUGCAAGUGCAUCGGGUUUGCUAUAAAGAACCGCUUCAGGCAUCGCAGCAAGAAGUUCCCUAAGAGAGAACACUGGAUGGACUGGGCCGAUGAGAAAUAUGAUAAACUGCUGGUGGCCCAGGUGAAGAUGGUGCUGAAGGUUCUGUUUCUCUACAUCCCCCUUCCCAUGUUCUGGACUCUGUUUGACCAACAG